ACGAGCCUGUCUGCCUUUACUAUAUAAAGCGGCCCAGACGUUGACCAGCAGAUAUUUACGGAGUGAGGACUAUGCGAGCAGCAGCGAUCUCCACACCAAGGUUAAACAAAAUGCCAGGGAUGUUCUUCUCUGCUAAUCCAAAGGAAUUGAAAGAAACUGACCAUUCACUUCUAGAUGACAAAACUCAAAAAAAGAGGCCAAAGACUUUUGGGAUGGAUAUGAAAGCAUACCUGAGAUCUAUGAUCCCACAUCCAGAGUCUGGAAUGAAAUCUUCUAAGUCCAAAGACAUUAGACUCUCUGCUAAUGAAGUAAUGCAGUGGUCUCAAUCUCUGGAAAAACUACUUGCAAACCAAAUUGGUCAAGAUGUCUUUGGAAGUUUCCUGAAGUCUGAGUUCAGUGAGGAGAACAUUGAGUUCUGGCUGGCUUGUGAAGACUAUAAAAAAACGGAUUCUGAUCUUUUGCAUUGCAAAGCAGAGAAAAUAUAUAAAGCAUUUGUGCAUUCAGAUGCUGCUAAACAAAUCAAUAUUGACUUUCGCACUCGAGAAUCUACAGCCAAGAAUAUUAAAGCACCAACACCAACGUGUUUUGAUGAAGCCCAAAAAAUUAUAUAUACUCUUAUGGAAAAGGACUCUUACCCCAGAUUUCUCAAAUCAAAUAUUUACUUAAAUCUGCUGAAUGACCUUCAGGCUAAUAGUCUAAAGUGAUCAGUUCCUAGCUGGAGAAAAAUGAAGAUGGUUUCGAGGACAGAAGGAAUGUGCCACUUAAUGGCUCCCUGGGUGAACAACCUGGCCCUUUUGAGUGACUCCACAGGCCCAGGGGAAGAACAAAUGAUUCAACAUGGAUUCACAUGGAAGUUAUCCAGGCUCAGGAUCGAAGAAACAUGAGCAAGAUGAAACCCAAGAGACUAACAGGAAGGAGACACUGUGGUACUGUCUCCUUCAUACAGUGGACAUAUCAGAAAAAUCUCUCAAAACUGAGAAGGCUGGGAAAGUCCAGUUACACAGAAACUGUGAAUAAAGAUUUUGAAACUGAUUAAAACAUGCUAUAAGCUUCAAGGUCAGCUUAUAUUUAUGCUACAUAUUAUUAUAUAGAGAUUUAUUGAGCUGCUAACAAGUCUUUAACUUGGAUGACUGUUUGGAAAAUAUGUGUUCGAAACCACCGUUGCUAUUUUUCAUGCCAAAGGGUUUUUGGUGUUGUUUUAUUUUUUUUUGGUUUGUUUUUGACUUGAAAGAGAUGAAGAAGAAAACAAUGUAUUAACUUAAGCUGUUGCUCUUAAAACUGGGAAGUCAGAAUUUGUAAAUUUCACAGUGUCAGUAAUAAAUGAGUUUUGUAUUAAAAAUA